AGGGCCACUUCGCCCUUUCUUUUCAGUCUGCGAGUCUGCUGCACGAGCCUCUGAGCUUGCAGGGCGCCUAUCGUCGCUCCUACGCCAUGGCCAAGACAGUGAAAGAUGUGCCUUCACAUGAGUUCGUGCGCAACUAUGCUGCUCACCUGAAGCGCUCCGGCAAGAUUGAGGUUCCUGCUUGGGCCGAUCUUGUGAAGACCGCCACAUUUAAAGAAUUGGCUCCCUAUGAUGCCGACUGGUUUUACAUCCGAACUGCUUCUAUGGCAAGGAAGAUUUACCUGAGGGGAGGGAUCGGAGUAGGUGCUUUCAAGAAGAUUUACGGUGGCCGCAAGAGCAACGGCGUCAGGCCAUCUCACUUUGCCAAAAGCAGUGGCUCAAUUGCCAGGCACUGCUUGAAGCAGCUCGAGGCUCUCAACAUCGUCGAGAAGGAUCCUAAAGGAGGAAGGCGCAUCACUUCCGAUGGACAGCGGGACUUAGAUCAAGUGGCGGGGCGCAUUGCCGUUGCUACGGCUUAGUUCUAUGAGCAGUAGGACUGGUAGACUGAAAUUUGCAGUUUGAGCACUAUGUGCUGAGUGAGACUGUGAAGGGCUUUGCAAUAUGACAUGACGACCAUAUUUUAAGCAUCGUUUUGAGUUUUCCAACAACGAGGUGUAUGUGUCAAGUCAGACCGUUGUGUUUACUGGUCCUGCUUUCAGCAAGCGUAAUGCUUUCGAAAUAUACAUAUUUUCAUUUUA